CCACACCUAAAAAAAAGUACAGUUUGUGCCCAGGAAAGUAAAUAUGUAACCAUAAGAAAAGGAAAAUCCAAGAAAAAGGACACAGGAUGAGCAGACAAAUACAUACAGGAAGGACUAGACUGGGACAGAAUGGAAAUUAACUUGACCAACCAAUCGUAGUAAUGGCUGCCAGAUUUCUGCAAAUUUGUCAGAGGAACCCCGUAGUGACAUCCUAAUUUUUUCAAGUUUAAGAAAAUAAACAAUAUCCCUCAACCAAAGUAUGAAAGAAGGAGGUUGUGGUGAUUUCCAUUUAAGAAGAAUUAUUCUCCUUGCAAUAAUAGUCAUAAAAGACAAAGAAUUUUCUUGGGAAGAGGACAAAGGAGAUGACCCCGAAAACACCCCAAACAAAACACUCUGGGGGUUCGGAUCAAUUUUUCUGCCAACCACGUGAGAUAUAACAACAAAUAUCUCUGUCCAAAAACUCUUCAGCCUUCAACCAAAACAUGUGUAUAAGGUUUGCAGGAGACUGUUGGCACCUAUCACAAACUGGGGAAACCGUGCUAUAAAAUUUAGACAGACAAGCCUUGGUAUAAUAAACGCGGUGCACAAGCUUGCAUUGAAUAAGACAGUGUCUAGCACAUAUAGAAGACUUAUGUACCCGUAUUAAGAUGCGUGACCAAAGCUCGUCAGGGAUAGCCUCUCCUAUAUCCUCCUCCCAGAGGGCCUUGAUUGAGCCUAAAGACUCAGAGCGGAUCGAGUAGCUAAUUUAUUCUAAUCCACACAAAAGGAUCAUCCUUACAUCCAGAAGUCUCAAGAAGAAAUGUUUGUCUGUUUAAACAUUUAGAUGUUUAAACUUGAGAUGCUUUGGGAACAGUUGCCUAUUAUAAUAGUUCAAAGACAAAAUAAACCUCAACAUGCAUCAAUCUCAGUGUUACAGCCAAUCAGUACCAGGGAAGAUGCAUCGAGGUGUUCCAGCUUCCCAAGCUGAAUUUUCUUUUGAAUAUUUUAUAUAUACUUGAAAAAAUAAAUACCAAAACUGGUGUUCAACUAUAAUCUGGCAUUGAAAUUAUUUCAGUAACUCUCACUGACCCAAAACAGAAAUCGUCAACUGUGGAUGAAAAAAGAAAAGAUUUUUGUGUCUCUUUACGUAGUUUAUGUAAAUAUUUGGUUUCUAUUGUGAUUGUUUUCAAAUCAUCAAGUGAAGUUAUAAAUCUUUAGGCUUUUCCUGAAUGUGACAAACCCUGGUCUGAGUUCACAUGAUGAAAUGAGGAAAGCAAUGAGUGGAAUGUGGAACUGCUGAGCAGAUUUCAACACAUACAGCGAGUGCGCUGCAAGCAGGCACUUGCCACCGUGUGCGUGCGUGAAGGCGUGCGUGUGUGGCCUGUGUGCGUCUUUAAUCCUUUGUAAAGGCUGGCUUUGACUGGCCCAGAAAUCGGAUGUUUUCUCAUUCGAGCUUUUCCCAGACACACCUCUUCCUCCUCCUCCUUUUUUCUAUUCUCUCUUCUUAUUUCGCCCAUCUAUCGCUCUGUCUGGCCCCCAUAAUUUAUUUUGCAUUUGUCUGUAACUACGUUGCCUUGGGAAGAUUUUUUUUGUUUUCGUUAAAACAAUUUAGACAAAAAGACUAAAGCUUCAGCUUCCACCCUCCCUCUCCUCCUCUUCCCCUGUAAUAUUCAGACACAAUUGCUGGCAGCCUUGGGGCGGAAUAGUUAAGAAGGUAUGUGAAGUAAGUCUUUUUUAGGACUUUGAAUGAACCAAAAGAAGAAAGAACGACGUGAGAGGGGGAAGGGUGGAGGACAAAGAUGGAGCUAGAUGAAGUGUGAGAGGGAGAAAAGCCUCAGAGCUGCAGGUGUGGGAGCAAAUUGAGUUAAAGCGGCCGGGCUUAAGGAGCUGGGAGAAUAAGAUGCAUGUAAAAAUAAAGCAACUCAAACACUGUGAUGUGCUUCGAAAUAGCAUUUUUGGAGGCUGACAAACCGCCUGUCUGGUACAUUUAAAUCCGAUUUCUGCUGCCUCUGCAUAACCUGCAAUUUCAGGGGAAAUAAAAAAGAAAGGGGCAGUGUAAUCAGCUGAAGCACACAGAUCUCAUGCCUCUCUGAUCCCUCAUCCCGCCCACCGCACGCACGUCUCCCAUUCUUGUAUUUUUUGCUCAUUCACUCCAGCGAGACGCCUGAGAGGAGGACGCCUUCACUUUGUUUGCCAACACCGAAAGCUGGACUGCUUUGGGGGGAAAAAAUCCCAAUCUAGGAACAGGAUUUGAAUUGAGUUUAUUCUGUUUUAUCCUCUUCCUCCUUGAUGCAUUUCCUAAGAAUUAGACGGAAAAGUUGUGACAGCUUUAGAAAGAACACAGAGAGAGAGAGAGAGAGAUUUGCCCUGAAGGCUUUGAAAGAAGAAACAGGAGCCAGAUAAAAAAAGGGGCAGCGAUAAUCUGCACAGCUGCUGCGUGGAGGAAAGGAGACACAGACAGAUAAAGAAAGCAAACGAGGUGAACAAGUGCGAAGGACGAGGAGAGGAGACAGACGAGGACGACCGUUCACGUUGAAGGCCACGGCAGAUAUAAAUACAAAGUGAAGACAAAACCCCAGAGGGACACCUGUCGUCAAAUUAGCAGCAAUGGAGACGCGGCGGGACGAGACGAGAAAGCUGGACUGAGGAGAAACGUUGAACGCGCCGGGCUCGAGCGAAGUAAGACGAGAAGGUUUCUUCAUCAUGAUUUCUUCAGGUGGCGUCCCAAAAUCCAACGACCUGCACGGGAGGAGCAACUUCGUCCCAGGAUAGAAUGAGAAGUGGAGCUCGAUCCGUCAGAAUCGUCCUGCUUUCACAUUAACUUCACCAACUCCCCCCACCCCCUGCUCUCCAUCCCCUCACUAUGUGGAUACCAGCUGUGCUCCUAUGGAUGCUUUACUUCAGCUGUCUGUGCUCAGGUCAAGACUACAGGGACUAUUACCCAACCGGAGACACGGGCACCGAGGCUCCAACCCAGUCAGAUGACCAGUCCAGUUUGGAGACGGUGACCAGCAUGGACCAGCUGCUGCAGCUCUUCUACCCUGAAUACAGUUUGAUCCAGCAGUGCAUGAGGAAAAGAUCCUGGCACGCCUCCUCUUCCUCAUCUUCCUUCCCUUCCUCGUCUUAUUCAACCUCUUCGGCGAGCCCUUUGGUCCGCUCCGACGACGACGUGUGGGUUCCGAUGCGGGAGGAACCCGUCUACAGAGUGGAUGGAACGCUGGCCGUCAUUCUGGAAGAGAUCCAGCGCACGUCGUGCCAACCGAGAGAGGUUUGUGUUGAGGUGGCCAAGGAGUACCCAGAAUCCACCAGUCAGCUGUACCUCCCUCGCUGCGUGGCGCUGCAUCGCUGCGGCGGUUGCUGCGGGAAUGAGGCUUUCUACUGCACCAACACGAGCUACAGUCUCGUCAAUAAAACCCUGAUGGAGCUGUCUCCGCCCAGGAUGGAUCGCUCAGUCGCCAUGGUAACAUUCGUCAACCACACAUCGUGCGAAUGCCUCUCCAAGCGGCCGCUUCACUCCAUCAUAAGGCGAGCGGCAACAGAUCAUCUGUGCUCCCCUCCUGAAGUCCCCUGCACCUCCGGAUCGUUAUGGGAUCCAGCGAACUGCGUGUGUGUCUCUGCGGACACCAUCAGCUACACUCAGAAACAAACAGAGGCGCUGGACUCGGGUCUGCUGGCUCUCUGCGGGCCCAACAGGGUUCUGGAAGAAUCCACCUGCGAGUGCGUCUGUCAGAACGGACUGACAGAAGCCAGCUGCUAUCCAGGCUGGAAACUGGACCAGAACACCUGUGAGUGCCAGUGCGAAGGCCAAGGCGAGGGGAAGCUGUGUCCUUUCGGACAGCGGUGGGACGAUGAGCUGUGCGGUUGUGUGUGCGCGGUGGAGUGUCCCAGGAAUCAGCCCCUAAAUCCCGACACGUGUCUGUGUCAGUGCAGAGAGAGUCCCCAGACGUGUCUACGGCAGGGCAAGAGGUUCAACCCGAACACCUGCAGUUGUUACAGGCUUUCCUGCAGAAACCCCAGACGAGAGUGCCAGGACGGGUUUUACUACAGCAGCCAGGUCUGUCAGUGCAUCCCCAAGUACAUGAAGUGGAAUUACCAAACAAGAAAGUGAGGAAGAGGAAUUUAUCCCGCUUGGAUCGGAAACUUUUCCACCCGAGUGACUCCAAGUACAGGAGCUGGAAGUGGAUCUACAUAGAGAGACAUGCAGCGUUUGUGGGAGGUUUAAGCCGCCUGUGCCGAGUCACUUUUCAAGUGAACCAUCUCAAAUUGUGUCCAUAAACUUCCCCAGAACAAAGGAAAGGGCAAAAAGGCACGUUUAUGCAACAAAACUCUUCAAAGAGAGCCAAUAAGGACAGAUAUUUGAUUCCUUCCACAUCUGGAAAACCCCUAGAGAUUGACUGUAAACGCACAGCAACAAGGUGGGAUGGACCAGACCGACCGACGUGUUGCAGCAAGAAGAAUGCCAACCACCAACGAGCCAAGGAGCUGCAGCUCGUGCCUGUGUGAAAUGGAAUGUGAAUAAGAUAAUAACAGACCCGACUACAUGCUUUUUUCUUCUUCCUUUUUUUUUUUUCCAAAAUAAAUGUGGGAAAGACGAAUCUUAAGGCAAAUUUCCAUAUUGGCUGGAAGGAAAAUCUUGUAGAGAGGAUCUCUAAAGUGUGCACACCCUCUGUUAUCAUGCCGGGUUAAAUCAGAAUCAUUUUCAAUCAUUUUCGUAUCGACGACUGAACGCCGAAACCGAGUCGAAAACAUUAAGAAAUGUUAAAUAAGCGCACGUGGAAAAAAAAAAGUACAUCUUCACUCAAAAAAGCAAAUACAAAUAAUUUUUCUAAUUCGAACCCAAAACGAGGAGAAGGAUUUUACUUCAGAGUGAGAAAGAAAAAAAAAGUUUGUCUCUUUUUAUUCACCGUCUGGUUUCGACUGCACGUUUUCAAAUGAUUUUUCAACUUUUUAGAUGUUGUCAUCCAAAUGUAACUCAUUUUAACUGGGGUAUGUACACUUUUGUUGAUUCCUUACGCUCCCUUCUUUUCGACGAGGUGAAUCGCUUGACACAUUUCUACAUCCAGUUACAACCUGACAGUUCUGGGUCUGCUUCUAAUUUAUCUGUUCCCGCUCCGAGUAAUUUUAUUUUUAUGUAUUUAAACGUUUUAUAUUUAAAGAGAGAAAGAGCGGAAAAUAAACUAGUGAAAUUUUUAAGAUGGAUUUGUGAGUAGCUGUACAUAACUGUAUUUAAAUCACGAUAAUAACUAGAGAGCAAUUAUAUUAUUUUAAAGUGAAGCAAGCCGCAUCGUUUUGCAACAAGUGUUUUCUGGAAACAUUCGGAAUGAUGACUGCUGCUUAUUCAUCUGAUUCACUGAAAUAUAGUGUUAGUUAUUUAAUUCUCAGUUUUGAUGCUUAAUGCUGGGUGGAAGGAGCGACUGCAGUGCAGCUAGGAUUGCAAACCAGUGGUGGUUUUUGAGUGAAAGGCAUCCCGCCAUCAACCAAUCAAAACGCAUGAAAUAAUCCGCAAUUCUGGGAGGGAAUAAAAUGCAGUCUAGUUCUUAUUCUCAUUACUCUCAGCAGCACUGGGUUUUUUUUAAAUCAAGAUGCAAAAAUUGCGCAUUUUUUAUGUUUUUUUUUUGGGAGCCCCUUCUAUAAUACCACCCUGGAAAACUGCCCAUAUCCAAAAGUGCCACUGGUUGUAGUUCAUGUGCUCUGGGGCUGUAGAAGAAUCCAUCAUCAUUACUUCAGUAAGUAUUGAUUAAAGGCUGUCUGACUGA